UGGCCGACAUUAAGUACUUAUUUACAGCUCAGUGCAAACAAACGGAAACCGAAAACAGGCAAAACGCACAUAAAGAUAACGAGUGGGAGAAGAUAACGGCACGUCGCACUUGAAAUACCCUUUCCGAUGCGCUUUUAUAGGCUAGCUUUAAAUCAGAUGGAUUGUUCUCUUUUUUGGAAACUAUACGAUAUAUGAGAAUGUUUUGCAAAUAUGCAGGGUAAAUUGUGCAGCUCGUAGUUUGAUAAAAAAGGUUCUUUGAAAGGCAUUAUUAUCCAUUCCAUAUCCGUAUAUGUAUGCUCUACACACAUAUAAAUACCUAACGUACCGAGGCGUUACAAGCUGCGUGACAAAUUCGUGCCAUUCGCUGUAAGGGUAUACGAAUAACAUUUUUAUGGGACUCACAUUUGAUGGGUACAAGGCGCACAGCCUUGGCCCGGCCGCGCACAGUUCAAAAUGAGACACGCGCGUCGACAAGCUGCAGACAAAUUGGCAGCACUUUUUCUGCUGCCGCUGCUGCUGGCAGGAGCUGGCGGCGAGAGCUUCAGCGAUUGGCCGCGCCGAAUCGAGCCGCCGCCGAACGGCGCCAGCUUCGACUACAUUGUGGUGGGCGCGGGCAGCGCGGGCGCCAUUGUGGCCAGCCGGCUGGCGGAGCAGCCGAACGUGACCGUGCUGCUGUUGGAGGCGGGCCAGGAGCCGCCGUUGGAAGCGGAGUACCAUGCGCUGAGCGGACGACUGCAUCACGACGCACGCUACAUGUGGCUGGACGAGGCGGCGCCAAGUUCGCGCUGCUGCCAGGCGAUGGAGCCGCCGCACGGCUGCAGCUGGUGGCACGGACGCAUGCUCGGCGGCAGCGGCUCCAUCAAUGGCAACGUCUAUGUGCCCGGCAGUGCUGACAAUUUCCACGACUGGCGCUGGCGGCUCGGCCUCCGCGGCUGGGACUGGCCGCAGGUGCAGCUUGCCUACCGCCAGCUGCAGCAGCGUCUGCAGCCCAGCCUGUUCCCGCUGGCGACCUCGAUGCAGCCGCUCGUCGAGCUCAUCUAUGCCGCCAGCGCGGAGCUGGGCGUGCCGCCCCUGCAGCAGCCCCUGCUGGCGGGCAGCAGCAUCGGCUACACGCACUUGGUGCCCGCCACCAUACACCAGGAUCGACGCGCCAGCAGCGCCCGGCAGUAUCUGGCCCGUGGCCAAGGGUCGCGGUCCGCCGGCGACAACUUGCAGCUGCUGCGUGGCGCCGAGGCGCAGCGUCUGAUGCUCAGCGCCGGCGCGCAACGUGCGCGCGGCAUCAGCUACCUUCACGUGGCGAGCAAUCGUACGCUGUGGGCGUGGUCGCGCCGGGAGCUGGUGCUGAGCGCGGGCGCUUUGAACUCGCCCAAGCUGCUGCUGCUCUCCGGUAUUGGGCCUGGGCCGCAGCUGCGCCGGCUGGGCAUCAAGCCGCGCCUGCAGCUGGCGAGCGUGGGCCGGAAUCUGCACGAUCACGGCAUGUUGCCGCUUUACCUGCGCUUCACGCGCACGCACACGCACACCUGUGCCUUCAACGCCAGCGACGACAGAGACGACAGCGACGACAGCGACGCCAGCUUCGCCAUGAUGGGCUUCAUCAACACGAGCGCGCCGGCCUGUGGCAUGUGCCGGCCGGAUGUGCACGUGGCGGCGCACACAUUGCUGCCGCGCGGCAGCGUGGGUAGCUUUGCCUAUCUGGGCUUUCGUCCGGCGCUGAUCGCGGCGCAGCGUGCGGCACUGCAGCAGACGGCCAUGCUGCAGAUUGUGGGCUCCUUGCUGCUGCCGAGAUCGCGCGGCCAUGUCGAGCUGCGCAGCGCGGAGCCGCGGCAACCGCCGCUGGUGCGGCAUUGCUAUGCGCGGCAUGCCACGGACCGUGCCACCUUGCUGCGCUACGUGCGUUACGUGCAGCGCCUGGCGGAGACGCGUGCCUUUCGCGGCUGCGGCCUGCGGUUGUGGCUGCCGCCGCUGCCCGAAUGCGACGCCCUGCCGCCGGACUCCGACGCCUAUUGGCUGUGCCACAUGCGCUACAUGUAUGUGGGGGCGUGGCAUGCGGUCGGCAGCUGCCGCAUGGCCGCCGCCGGCGAUCCGCGCGGCGUCGUCGAUGAGCGGCUGCGCGUGCGCGGCAUCCGCGGCCUGCGCGUCGUCGACGCCAGCGUCAUUCCGGAAAUAACGGCGGGCAACACGAAUGCGCCCACCAUGAUGAUUGCCGAGCAGGCGGCGCGCAUGAUACGCGAGGAUCAGCUGCAGCUGGACCGACUGCACCAGUCGGAGCAAGAGGAGCAAGCGGAACAUCUACGGUCAAAUGAGGUGCAGCAAUGAGUUGCUUCUAUAUAAAACAAUAGAACCAAAGACCCCAAGCGGGUACUUGAUUUGAUAGGGCAAAAUAUACCCUCACCUAGUCAAAUAUAUGAUAACAUAUAUAUUCAUAUAUUUAUUAUCGAAUUGUGCCCAUAUAUAAUAUUCGAUCUGAAUAU